AUGAGCCAAGAACUUCAAGAUUUACUGGAAUGGGCCAAAAAUAGUAAAAUAUUUGUGGAUCCCAGGAUAAGGUUUCAGAUCACUAGUGAUAGAGGAGUCAUUUGUGUGGCAAAAGAAGAUAUUAAGAACGGAAAAGACUUAAUCAAGGUUCCAAAGGAUAUAGCUUUAACACCAACACUGGCUGCAUCCUUUUUUGGGGAUGACUGGACAUCUUCUCAUGAUCGAAAUCAGCAGCUACAACUUUUCUUGGCAAGACUAAAAUUUAAUGACGAAGACACUUUUGUGGACGGCGUCAAUAUUUCAAAGAAAAUGGCACCAUACAUAAACUUUCUUCCAUCGAAUGGUAGAGAUACAGGACUACCAUACUUCUGGACUGAAGAGGAAAAAUAUUUACUUAGUGGGACCGAUGCCGAGGUAUUUCUCAAGAGAUUCAUGGAUGAGAUAGUAGAAGAAUGGCAUUCAGCCGUUACAGGUUUAAAGAGCGUUACGAUGCCAAAUGAUAUGGAGAGCUUUUAUCAGAAUUAUAAAAAGGGUAACUACAACAAGGGUAUGGCAUACUUUCUAGAACAGAAAAUGACAUGGACAAGCUUUCAGGCUUAUUUAUGGGCACAUUGUAUUCUGGCUUCACGUGCGUUCCCUUUCGUCUUGUUCGAUCCUUCAAAUAAGCUUCAUAAAGCAUUUCUUGUACCGGUGAUAGAUUUAUUAAAUCAUAAAAAUGCCACACCAGUUCGUUGGUAUACUUCGGAUCAACAACAAAUGGUUUUCAGCUCAUUGGAAGAUCCUUCGAAUAUGAAGAAAGGACUCGAGCUGUUCAAUAAUUAUGGCGAUAAACCAAAUUAUGCCAUACUCCUAGGCUAUGGAUUUGUGAUACCGGAUAACAAGUUCGAUAUUACGACCCUAUCUUUGAAGGUUCCCGAAAAUUAUAUAGAGGCAGCAAAGAAAUUUGGUGUCAAAUUACCAGAUGAUGCAUCGGCUGAAGGUAUUAAUUUUGUGUUGACAAAGAAGUACCCACUCCCGGAAAAUCUUAUUGAUUUCUUUGCAUUCCUAGUCAGAUUAACAAGCGAAAACAACAUAUAUACCACCAGAAUGCUAAUAGAGGGAAUAGCUAACUUGCGAGCCAUAUUGGGAACAAAGGUGAAUGCCUUCAAGAAAUUCAAAAUGACAACUGAUAGAAGAGUUGCACCAUCGGUUGCCAGAAUGGUCAAAGUAUACAGAAAUUUGCAAAAGGCUAUUUUUCUUGAGGCACAGCAAGCAACUAUUAUAUUGGAAAAGAAUAUGCUAAAGAAAUACCAUGCAUUAUCUUUUAAAAGAAUACUAACGAGAGACAAAGUGUUUUUCAAUUCUCUUCUUUUAACCUUUGGUGUGUCUAAUUAUAAUGAUCUUGUUGCGAAGAAGAUUCUUGAUCAGGCGGUACUAUUAUGGAUUGUAAGGAAUGCUAACAAGAAUGAUUACAAAGAUUUAGACCCACUAUUAUUCCCUGAAUUUAUAUAUGAAGAGUUUCAAAACGUGAAAAAGAAUGUUGCAAUAACGGAACAAGAUGUACUUGAAUUUAGGAGUAUAUAUAAGUCACUAUUUCCAGCUCUCAGUCAGAUGAUCCCCGAGGUGUAUAAUGUUGGAGAUUGGACUCCAAGAAACUUCAUUGUCGCCGGUACUGUUUCAGACAGAUUGACUUUCAAAAGACCAACGAACAAUGAAGUAUUCUUUCUCAAAAAGGAAGAGGCCAAGACAGGCUUUGGUGGAAAAUAA